AACAGAAAAAGAAAGAGAAAGCUAAGCUUAUGCUAUUAAAACGGCCCACCCUCGUAUAGUAAACAAUUCUGGUGUGUGUCACAGACUAUUAUUUCUCAGUUCAAUUGUUACUUUAAAGUGUCGCAGUCUCGACACUCGCUUAUCCCAUUAAGCGUAACAGACGCGUAACUUUCCUUCCGACUUUUCCACAGGAAGUUACUGUACUGAAAGAAGAUAAGAUCAGAUAUUAAUGCUUGUCUUUCUUUCUUUUUUUCCUUCCGCCGCUGUCAAGAGCGCAUUAGCAACGAUUGUAGGUGAUAAAACACCUCAAACAAAAAUCUGAUGAAAAGAAAAUCAAGAAAAACUAGUUGAUAUCAUUAAACGUCAACUCAUACCAACACGCACAUUCAUACGCACGCACAUAUAUUAUACAACAAGAAAGAGAGGGUCCGAGAGAAAGAGAGAGAGAGAGUUUCAUUUAUUAUACAUUUUUGUGGGCAUAUCUAUAUAUAAAUAUACGUGCAUGUGUUUGCACGUGCAUAUAAAUAUAAACACUGUACUAAUCAAAACAAAAAAAGAAACCCCUCAGCCGAAUCAGGCACUCUAAAAAAGGAAUAUGUCAAACGCCGCGAAAGACGAUAAAACUGAUGUAGAUGUGAACGAUUCGGAUGAACAGUUAAAUAAAAGAGAAACGUGGACGCGUAAAAUAGACUUUUUAUUGGCGUGUAUUGGAUUCUCCGUGGGACUUGGCAAUGUCUGGCGAUUCCCGUAUCUCUGUUACAGAAACGGUGGCGGUGCCUUCUUGAUUCCAUAUUUUCUAUGUGUAAUUAUUGGUGGCGUGCCGUUGUUUUUCUUGGAAGUGGCUGUUGGUCAGUUUACUGGAACAACUGGGCUCAAGGCUUGGCGUCUGUGUCCAAUUCUACAAGGUAUCGGUCUGACAUCAUUUGUGAUCGUGGUCUUCCUGAAUAUUUACUACAAUGUUAUAUUAUGUUGGUCUUUCCGAUAUAUGUUUGCUUCGUUUACGACGGGUACACUACCUUGGGCGAAAUGUGGCCAGGAGUGGAAUACUUGCGCCUGUCGUUCAAUAUCUGAUGGCUACGCAGCACCAAACGAUACACUUUGCAACAUCACUAUAGAUGGAAACUUCACCAGUGGAAAGACAUUUGAUUCCGUCACAGAAUACUGGGAGCGUGAAGUACUUAAAAUAUCUGAAGGAUUGCACGAUAUGGGUAUAUUGAAGUGGGAUUUGGUUCUCUGCUUACUAUUUGCCUGGAUCGUCGUCUACAUCUGCAUUUGCAAGGGGAUCAAAUCUUCGGGAAAGGUGAUGUACGUCACAGCAACAAGUCCGUACAUAUUCAUGCUAAUUCUUCUAAUCCGAGGAAGUUUGCUGCCAGGUGCAAAGGAGGGCAUCAUUUUCUACUUAAAGCCCAAUUUUGAACGGCUUAAGGAUAUUCAGGUGUGGGUGGAUGCAGGAUCGCAAAUUUUCUUCUCCUACUCUAUAUCCCUCGGAGCCCUCACGGCAUUGGGUAGCUACAAUGUCUUCAGCCAUAAUUGUUUCAGGGACAGUAUUAUAUUUUCCAUAACCAACAGUGGAACAAGUUUGUUAGCAGGUUUUAUAACUUUCCCAGUCUUGGGCUAUAUGGCUAACAAAAUGAAUAAGACAAUAGAUGAUGUCGCUGAAUCCGGUCCCGGUAUGGCAUUUAUUGCUUACCCUCAAGCCGUAGCUACCAUGCCAGGAGCUCCGUUUUGGUCCAUCCUCUUUUUCCUCAUGUUGAUUUUACUCGGAAUGGACAGUCAGUUCGUUGGAGUUGAAGCUGUGGUAACUCUUAUUGUGGACCAGUUUCCCAAACAACUACGUCGAGGCUAUCGCAAAGAAAUAUUCACUGGUUGUGUGUGCAUAGCGUCCUUUUUAUUCGGAUUGCCGAUGUGUAUGAAUGGAGGGAUGUAUGUGUUCCAGAUAUUUGACUUUUAUGCUGCGAGUCGUAUAAUCCUUCUUGUUGGAGGAUUGGAAUGUAUAGCAAUAGCUUGGAUUUAUGGUGUUAAUCGAUUUUAUGACAAUAUUGAAAUGAUGAUAGGAUUCAGAAUAGGACCAUUCAUGAAAUUCAGUUGGUUGAUAACAUCUCCAGCGUUUUGUUUAAUAAUAUUUAUAAUGAGUGUAGUAAACUAUAGUGAACUCAAAUACAAAAGACCAUCAGGGACCUAUGUAUAUCCAGACUGGGCUGUUGGAGUUGGCUGGACAAUGGCUCUUGUCUCAGCCAUUUUUAUUCCAAUUGUUGCCUUAGUUUUGGUUCUCAAGCAGUCAAAUGCAAAAGAGGGAUUGAAGGCCCUUCUGGAGCCAAAAGGACUCAAAAGCCAUCAACUCCGGCCUCAAGACUUUGAAACAUGUGCCAGUUAUGAUUUAGAAACUAUUCCAAAUAAACCGCCUUCAUAUGUUUUUGCUAUUUCUAAUCCAGACAACAAAGGAACAUAAUCAAUUUUUUUAAUGACUCUCUUAAUUCUUAUUCACAAAACAUAUAUAUUUUCUUCAUUAAAAACAAAAUCAGUUUCAUUAUAUUUUCAAAGUAAUAAAAAAAUACUCUUUUUGCUAUUCAUAUAUUUUAACUAUUCAAAAAACUUUAAAAGCAUUCUUAUUCAGUUUUUAAAAAGAUUAUACUGUAAACACAAUCUUUCUGAAGGUUUGGCUUAUAUUUCAAUUUCCAGAAUUUUAACCCAAAUUUUGUUUUAAAGGUCUGUUAUUUUUAGACAUUAUCAACAUUAUCAUUAUUAUUAUUAAGGCAGCGAGCUGGAAGAAACAUUAGCACGCCAAGUGAAAUGCUCAGUGGUAUUUCAUCCGUCUUUAUGUUCUGAGUUCAAACUUUGCCAAGGUUGACUUAGCCUUUCAUCCUUUCGUGGUUGAUAAAUUAAGUAGCAGUGAAACACUGGGGGUCAAUGUAAUCAACUAAUACCCCCCCACCAAAUUUCAGGCCUUGUGCCUUUAAUAGAAAGGAUUAUUAUUGUUAUUAUGUGGGGUUUUUUUAUAUUUUAAUGGUAAAAGUUUUUAAUUUAACAAAUCAGAUUUUAUUUCUUCUAGAAAUUAUUUUAUUCAAACUAUUUUCAGGACUAUAUAAGAUACUUUUAAAUUUUCCAAUUGAAUUUAAUUUGUAGAUAGUUUUUUAAAGGUGUUAUAUGUAUGACAAACAUCUCUUUUAGAGUAACCUAGUAAAAGAACAAAUAUAUUUAUCUUAUUAGGUCAUUUCAAAUAAUUGCAGAAAGGUUUAACAGACUAUGACUAAAAUCUAACAAUUAAAUAUUUUAAUAGUCAACUACUCAGAGGCUACUGGCUUUGUCAGGCAAGACUGAACUAUUUCCAGUCUUGGUACAUAUUGUCUUUUAUAAGAAUAAUUAUGACUAAACAGGAAACACAACUAAGGACUGUCACUGAGUACAAGAUUUACCAUAUAGAAUGAGAAACUUCAAUUUGAAACAUUAAUUCUUUUACUUUCUUUUCUUGAAUUUGGCUUUGGUUGUAUUUUCUUUCAAAAACUUUUUGUUCACAAUGAACAGGUAUUACAAUGCAAAGCAUGUAGAAACUCAAUCCCUAAGAACAUAAUGCCAACCAACUUCUAUUAAUGUAUUCCAUUCUCCAAAAGUUUACACUUGGAAUGAUUUUUUAUAAAAAUAAAUAAACAAUCACAAAACUUAUUUUCUUUAAAAAAUAUUUAUACUUUAAUUAGUUAUUUACCAUAUGUAAUUAAGUCUAUUCUUAAUUAAACAAAAGUUUUCUAUACAGCCUUUAAGUUUGAUUUUUAACUACCAGACUGCAUUUAAUUUACUCUAAUUAGAUUUUUUUAAAAUAGAGACAAGGGUUCUAUUCUUACAAAUUUUGCAAUCAAAGCAUUUAGUAUUGGUCUAUUCUACAAAUAUAUAAAAUGUGUUGAAUAAAAGUUAUUCUUUUCCAAUAUGCCCAUGGCAGCCUCUAACAUGCAUAUUUGACUACUGCAAACAUUCUUCCACAGUUCUUAUUGAACAUAUAAUAUUUAAACAUACCUACUCUCCAGAUAUAAAUUAUAUCCUAAGCAAAUAUAUAAAAAAAAGAAUAGAGAAAAGUAAAUUUAUAUUUCACCUUUAAUUACAUCAAUUAUAAUUGUAAGUUUAGAAUUAUAAGUUUAUAAUGUUAUUGUUGAAGUUUCAACAAUAACAUGCUACAUGAAAAUUCAAUAUUACUCUACAUUAUAACAUAAAUCUUGCUUCUGUCUAUUCAAGCAAUAGUUGUAAAUUUCAUAUAGAUUUUAUAGUAAAUCUGGUACAAAGGAAAAAACACCUGCAUAGUUAGCACCAAAACAUUAUCAUAUGCUUUUGAAAAACAUCACAUGGUUUAUACUUUUGAUAUAGUCUUUUGACCAAAUUUCAUAUAUCACAAUAUUUAACAAUAAACAAGUAACAUAUCAGAUUUCUUAAGUAACUUUUCAAAUUAGUUGAUCUCUGAGUGAAGAGACUGACAUUUUAAAUCUGCCAGUUAAUAAACAAAAAUGAGUAUCAACUGCAAGCUAAAUUGCAUAUGUACAUAUUAACUACAUGUAAAUAUUCACAAGAGCAUGUCAAGCUCUUGAAAUGAUUUUUGAGUGAUAAGAAUAUAUGUAAAUGUGUGUGUGUGCAUACUUAUGUAAACUUAGAAUUUAUUAGAUUAAACAUAAAAUGGAUUGUGCUUCAGUUCAACAAAUAAUUUUUUCCUUCUUUGUUCAUUUUAGUUAACUUAUUCAUGAACCAAUCCAAGUGUGUUAGUACUUGAUUAUGGAAUAAAUAUUAAAUUUGUUUUGGUUAAAGUUCCAGUUUCCAUAAAAUAGAUUCUUUUAUUUGUUCUGUUUAAUGUCGAUUGAAAUAUGUGAUCAUAACUUCCUAUUUUAUACUCAACUUAGGAUCUUGUGAAUAAUACUCAUUUGUAACCAUCACUCUUACAAAAACCUAAGACUGUACUUUUUUUUUAUACUGCUAUUGAUUUGUACUAACCACUUCACAGCACUUCGUGCACAAACACAGUAAAAGCAAUGAUCUGUAUUUUGGAUUGCAUUUUCCUUUUUGUGUGAGGCGGACCAAUUGUUCUCAAAUCUUCUGUACAUCAUACUUGUAUACAUUGUUUUGAAUAUUAAAAAUAAAUUCUAAAUAAAAUACAAAAUGUAACAAUGUU